AAUAUUUGAGGUCUUUAAUUUAGAAGGCUUUGACCUAUUGGGCAUCUUGCACAUGCGCAAAACCGCUGUUCAUAAGUGCACUUAUCAUUGAAAGUAUUUCCUUGUUCUUAUAAACUUACAGGUCAAAUCAAGGGUUUUGUGCCCCUUUUGUAACACCACUUUAUCUCAUCAUAUUGGCCCAUAACCUGUGAGCUUUAUUGAUCAAUGGACGAAAGGGAUACAUUUGCAGGAGAACAGAUCAUAGUUUUUUGUUUUUGUAAGAUAUAUUUGUUCACUUGUUCUUAGACUACUUGUCCCCCUAGUUACGACAACCUUAUGUCAUGGAAACGAGUAAAGAUGAUUGAUUGUAACUCUUACAGACAAUUCUACACUAUUUGAGGGUACUCACUAGUCACAGCUUUCAGGACAAAAUGAUUUUUCCAGGAAAUGUGUCAAGCUUAUUCCAUAUGUGAUAUUUUAAUUUACCUUAUCUGAAUUUGUAGUCCUUGUUUGUCCAGCUGGGAACUUAUUGUUUGAACAUAUCACUCCUUGUCUAUUGUGGUCAGUCUCCUGGUCAAUCCUUGUCAGUUUCGAAAACUAAUUUUACAAAGUGAAUUAUCUAUCUCAUUAGUGAUACUUCAUCAUGUAGCUUGGGUGGUUGUUAUUUUCAUAUCACUCAAAUUUUCUGUGUUUGUGCAUAUUUCUGUAAACUAAAUGGACCAAUGUGCACAUCAUAGUAUUCUAUUUUGUACUUGUAAAAAGGUUGGCGAAAGACAUGAAUUAAAUUUCUCUUUUUUCAUUCUUGUCACAUUUUGUGCAUAAGAUCAGCCUCAUUUUGAUCUAAUUUGUUGUCAUUGGUAUCUCUUGCUUGUUAUGCCUGCCAGUAUCCAGACCUUAUGAGCGCCACUGACACAAAUGUCCUGAUGUUUAGCUGAGAACUCCUUGUGGUUUCGUAACUGCUGGUGAUUCCAUAUUCUAAUUUCUACCGGUGUUUUGUGACAUUGACUAAAGGUGUGUGUGACCUUACAUAAUUAGCUUGGAAAUAAAGUUAAUAUUAUUAACCAUAAAGUCUUAGCGUAAGGGUAUCUCCUAGCAUAUCAUUGGAGCCAUAAAGCUCAAACACCUCAGGAAAAGCCAUAGCAAAGAGCUUAUGUCUUGCUUGCUUCCUCUAGCACUUUGAACUACCUAGAACCAAGCUACAGAUUGGUAAGUACUUCUUCAAGGAGAAAGGCCAUACCAUCAUCAUCAGUUUACCGAAGUGUUAUGUUGGGGAUCAUAGUCAUAGUCAUAGUCAUCAACCCAGUAUCCCUCCUAAGUCGGGUCCAGAGAUAGAGGAAAGUAAUGGACAUACCCGUACCCCUCCAAGGAGAGGGCAAAGAGGAAAGCGCGCAUUGAGAUACUCCCCAAAUAGAUGGGCCCUGCAAAAAAGAGAGGUGAGUGGCAUACAAUUCUCCUGGGGAGGCACUUGAAAUUGCGGCUAAAACUGAACAAACUACAUUAGACUUGUAACUGGGCAAUAAUAAAAAGUAAAUGCAUAGCACAAAAAGGUAACUAAAAAGAUGAAGAAAUAGCUAGGGUAAAAAGGGGAAAAGGGACAGGAACUAACAAAAGUCUAUGACACGAAUAUUACAUCUCCAGCUCUUCCUAUGUCUGGUCAGGUCCUCCGAUAGAUGCAACUUUCGCAUGUCAAUUAUUAUUUGCUCCUCCCAAAUAAAUUUUAAGAAUUAGCUUUUGGAUGAUGCCUAUAUGUCAAGCGACCACUUUAACAUUACAAUCAGUCAUAUCAACCAAUAUCAAAGCCUUGCCUUUCUUGUGUAGCUCAACAUGCUUUUAUUUUUUAGCUGAACUGAAAACUUAGAAACUACUUGAUACAUAUGUAGUGUCUGAGGUUGAGUUAGUAUCAACCUUACCAACCCACUAAAUGCACCGAUACAAGUUGUAUAUGCUCUACUAUUUUUAAAAAGAAAAAGUCCAAAGAGAUUAUGAUUGUUGAACACCCUUUGAUACUUCCUUUAUUUGUUGGAAAAUCAAGUCCAAUAUAAGAAAGUAGUGUUGUUUCUCCUGAAUGGCUUAUAUGUACAUUGUACAUAACUUUCAUUAGGAUACAAAAAUGUUGUUAAUCUUGAGUCUCAUUGUAAUUCACGUCUGACUAAGAAUUUAGUUCAAAUUGAGUGCACCCUGGAGUUUCUAAGGUCAUAUGGCUCUGGUUAAUAGUAACUUUUUUGUGGUGGGGAAAGGGAAUUCCAUUAAUUUCAUUAUGCUAGAUGAAUAAAACCAUGUAUAAUCAAGUCUACAGAACAUGAAAUGAACAACUUUUGUUGCGAAAAGUGUCUCUGAGGCAUGUAAUGUAAAUAUGCUCACAUUUAUAUAUGAAGACUAAGUAGUUCGCUCUGUUGCUUAGCUGGCCUGGAGUACUUGUUGGGCUGCUGAAGUUGUGCUUUACUAGGAUUCUUUCUUAGCUGUCCACAGGUGGUAUUGAUAUGAGGCAUUUCUGGAAUUAGUUUUGCAAAAUUGUAACUUAUGGUAGAGAACAACUCACGAUGAUGAUAGUAUGCUCUCCAAUUAAAACUUGCCCCAAAAAUGUGCUUCCGAUAAGUGGGUAUUUUCAAAAGCAAAUGAGAGUCCAUAUAAAUAAUAUUGCUUCCCCUACCACAUCCAGGUCAUGUUGUCACAUUCUGAAACAAGGGAUCUCCAGGAUUAGAUAUCCUCGAAUUUCAGCCUCUAGCAGUUCUUCAUGGUUUUCCAAUUGUAGCAUCCGUGCAUUUCAAUGGGUUCGGUACAGAUCUGGUUUGUGCAGUAAGAAGAAACCAUGUCCUUUGUUAAUGGUCAAAAGUAGUUCUCACGAGACAUCGAUUGGUUUCUCAUCUUGGCCUCAAGAUGUAAGCAUUAAAAUUUUGGUGCCAAAACGAAGAAUGCUUUCUGAUUUCAAAUUUGAUGCUGGACUAUUCUCUUGGUUGAAAGGAUAUGGCGCUGCUGGUUUGAUUUCCGGAUUAUUAGUUUGUUAUUCGACUUCAAAUUCAGCACAUUCUGAAGCACUGGAGGAAAAAGGAGCCAAAAAGAAAUGCACUGAUCCUUCAGUCGACCAUUUUGCACAUGGAAAGAAAGUCUACACUGAUUAUUCUGUCAUAGGCAUACCUGGAGACGGAAGGUGUUUAUUUCGUUCUGUUGCUCAUGGGGCUUGUUUAAGGAAUGGCAAACCUGCUCCAAAUGAAAGCCUACAGAAACAAUUAGCUGACGAGUUACGGGCUAUGGUUGCUGAAGAAUUGAUCAGAAGGCGGCAAGAAACUGAGUGGUUUAUUGAAGGCGACUUUGACACUUAUGUUUCACGGAUAAGGAAGCCUCAUGUUUGGGGAGGUGAACCCGAGUUACUGAUGCUUCAACAUGUUUUAAGGUCGCGGCUCGCAACUUUCGUGCUGGUUUUUGCAAUGUUCGUUUUAUUCGGUUUUGUUAGUUAUGCAAUAACUACCUACAGUUAAUAUGGUUAUAUUAACCGAAUUAUUGGGAUGAAUUGAUUUAAUAUCGGCAUUGAUUCGUGAAUCGAUGUUGCAAUUCAUGAAUUGACAUAUUACUUCAUGAAUAAUUGUAUGGUUUUCUAUAAAUAUAGAAGGCAUGUGUAAGUUAUUUCUUACAUGAGAUGUAUAUGGAAAAUACAUGUUAUUUUU